AUGAUCGGCAAGUAUACCGGGUAUACCGUUGAUGAUAAAAUCAACAUCACUUAUUCAUAUUGGGAUGGAACUGGUCAUCGAAAAACCGUUACAUGUAAAAAAGGUGACUCGAUCUCAGCAUUCCUAGAAAAAUGUAGGCAACAAUUUCAUGAGUUACGUGGUGUUAGUGUUGAUAAUUUACUAUAUGUUAAAGAGGACUUGAUUAUUCCACAUGUAACAAGAGGUAAAUCUGGUCCCUUGUUUAAUUUUGAUGUACAUGAUGAUGUUAGAUUAACUCAUGAUGCAACUGUUGAAAAAGAUGAGUCACAUGCAGGCAUGGUAGUUGAAAGAAACUGGUAUGAAAAAAAUAAGCAUAUUUUCCCGGCAAGUAGAUGGGAAAUUUACGAUCCUGAAAAAAAUUAUGGAAAAUAUACUAUCAAAUAA